AUGGGAGUGAGUGCCAUGGCCCUCCUCGUGGCGCUCUUCGGAGUUUUGCCGUGUGAAGCGGCGGUCCGGGCCAGACGAAAGGCAGUCGAUUACGAGGAAUACGAGGAACUAACCCCGUUCGGACCGCACUUCGACCACGCUCAAUUCGAGGCGUAUCCACCCGAUGACGAACCUCCGCGUUACCACGGUUACCGGAAGGCGACGGAUUUCGGAGGAUUCGGGCGCCGGCGGUGACGGACUCCAGUGACCGCGUGCUUAGUCGUGGGGUGUCUUCGUCGAGGGACCGAGUCGAUGCAGUCUUCGGGACGAUCCAUCUGCGUUUCGGGUGUACGGCGUGCCGUGAAUUCUGGUCGGGAUGUCCUCGUCGUCACCAUGGAAAUAAAGAUGCGUUUGGAGUAGAAGUUGUUGGUAUGAG